CACUGCUUUGUGUCUCUCAGCAAGAAUUCCUGUAGCAGGUUUUCACACCCAGCAGUUGGCUUCCAGUUGAAUUAGUCUCUGAUGUUUGCAGCAGAGUGACAUCAUGGCAACUGCAGCAAUAGAUGAUCUGCCUCCUUUGAAGCGCAGUAGCAUCUUGGAAUUACUGCCACCUUACAUGUCUGAGCUGAGGGUUGUUCUGCUGGGGAACAGCUGGUCUGAGAGGAGUUCAGUGGGGAACUUGAUACUGGGAGAGACUGUGUUCAACAACGCACCUGAAUGUUGUUUGAAAAUCAGUGGACAGUUGAAGGAGAAAAAAGUAGUUGUCGUCAACACUCCAGAUCUGCUGCAUCCCAACAUCUCUCAACACGAACUGACAGAACAUGUAGAAAAGUGUGUGAGAUCCUCUGCUCCUGGACCUCAUGUGUUCCUGCUGGUUCUACAGCCUGAAGGCUUCACUGAAGAACACAAACUGAGACUCUACAGAGUCCUUCAACUCUUCAGUGAUCAAUCAUUUGAUCAUUCAUUGGUGCUGAUCUCACCACCCAGAGAGGAGAGUUCAGCUUCCAUGGAAACAUACAUGGAACAGCCUCCAUUAAAAGACCUGAUCAGAAAAUGUAGGUACAGAUACUUGAAGAAGAAGAACCUUGAUCACUCAGAGCUGUUAACACGUUUGGGUCAAACUGCAAAGGAGAACAACGGAAAGCAUGUGACCUAUGAACCAUUUGAAGACAUCACAUCUACUUUACCAGUUGAUCAUCAAAGCCAAAAACAGAAGGUUUCUAUCAUAGAAACUGUUAAAACUACUGGGAUUACAGCGAAAACCCCUGCACAACUCCCAGAGGAAAACCCUGUGACUCACACAUCUGCAUUUAGGAUUGUGCUGCUGGGAAAAAGAGAGGACAAACAGACAAAAAUUGGUAACUUUAUAAUCGGGAACCCAAUUUUUCAUUACCAAAAAACUUCCCCAACCAGGCAAUGUGUGGCCAACUGUGGAGAGUGGAGAGGAAAACCAUUAACGGUUGUGAAAACUCCAGACAUGUUCAGUCUGUCUGAGGAGAACUUGAGAAGAGAGGUGAAGAACUGUGUGACUCUUUGUCCUCCUGGACCAAAUGUUCUGCUGCUGUUAGUGAACCCUUCUAAAUUCACAGAGAAGAACAGACAAACACUGAAGUUCAUCCUGAGUUUGUUUGGUCAAGAUGCCUUUGAGUACUUAAUGAUCAUUGUGACACAUCAGUGGAAAGAAAUGACAGUCCCUGUUAAUGAACUCCUUAAAGACUGUGGAGGAAGACACUACAGAAUGUCUGAAGAAAACCGUGGAUCAUUAAUGGAGAAGAUUGAAGAAACAGCAAAUAAAAACAACAAAACCCCACCACCUGUGUCUGGACACAUCAAACCAGCUUUGAACCUUGUUCUCUGUGGGAGGAGAGGAGCAGGGAAGACUUCAGCAGCCAAGGUCAUUUUAGGUCAGACAGAGUUUCCUUCAGUGUCCAACUCAUCAGAGUGUGUUAAACAUCAGGGAGAGGUGUGUGGACGUUGGGUUUCCCUGGUGGAGCUGCCAGCCUUGUAUGGAGAACCUCAGGAGGCAGUGAUGGAGGAAUCCUUCAGGUCUAUCUCCCUCUGUGAUCCUGAGGGAGUUCAUGCCUUCAUCCUGGUCCUACCUGUGGGUCCCCUCACUGAUGAAGACCAGGGAGAGUUAGAGGCCAUCCAGAACACAUUCAGCUCUGCAGUCAAUGACUUCACUAUGAUCCUGUUCACAAUGGAGUCAGAUCCUACAGCUCCAGCUGUUGUUAACUUUCUAAAGGGCAACAAGGACAUCCAGGAGCUCUCUGAGAGCUGUAGAGGAAGAUAUGUUCUCAAUAUCAACGACAAGCAGCAGAUCCCAGAGCUGUUGGAUGGUGUGGAAAAGAUGAGAGUCGCUGAGUCCAGAUUCUUCACAAAGGACAUGUUCACCAAGGCUCAGAUGACGAAGGUUGUAGAGCAGGAGAGCGCUAUUGCGAGACUUAAAGCUGAACUGCAGGAAGUUAAAAAGAAGAGUGAGGUGGAAGGUGAUGAUGAACAUCAGAGCAGAGAGUGUCUCAGGAUGGUGCUGAUUGGGAAGACUGGCAAUGGGAAGAGUGCAACUGGAAACACCAUUCUGGGCAAAAAACAUUUUACAUCUAAAGCGAGCUUAAACUCUGUCACAAAGUUUUGCGAGAAAGCAAGAGGAGAGAUUGAUGGACAGCCUGUUGCUGUGGUCGACACUCCCGGCUUGUUUGACACGACUCUGUCCAAUGAUGACAUUCAACUGGAGCUUCUGAAAUGCAUCAGCAUGUUGUCUCCUGGACCUCAUGUCUUCUUACUGGUGCUGCAGAUUGGUCGCUUUACACAGGAGGAAAAGGACUCUGUGGAACUGAUCAAGAAAUAUUUUGGUAAGAAGUCAGGAGACUUCAUCAUCAUUAUAUUCACCAGAGGAGAUGAUCUCAGUCAGUCAAUUGAGAGUUAUAUAGAAGACUCAGAUGACUUUUUGAAAAAACUGGUACGUGACUGUGGAGGAAAAUACCAGGUCUUCAAUAAUAUGGUUAAGAAUGAUAACACACAAGUCAGAGAGCUGCUGAAGAAGUCCAACAAAAUGAUGAAACAAAAUGGCAGCAACUGCUACACCUUAGAGAUGUUCCAGGAGGCCGAGGAAGCCAUACAGAAGGAAGUGAAGAGGAUCCUGAAGGAGAAAGAAGAAGAAAUGCAGAGACAGAGGGAGGAGCUUCAAAGAAAACAUGAGGAGGAAAUGGAAGCAGUGAAGAGAAGAAUGGAACAAGAGAAAGCAGAUAUUGAACAUGAGAGAGCCAAACAACUUGAAGAAAUGGAGGAAAACAUCAAGAAGGAGCGCAAGGAGAGAAAGAAAGAACAGGAAAUGAGAGAAGAAGAAGACAGGAAGAAGAGAACGCAGGAAGAACUUCAACGACAGGAGUGGGAGCAAACACUUGGAGCUCUUAAGUCAGAAUCAGAAGAAAAGUUGGAGCAGAGUAAAGAAGAGAUGAGAAGGAAACGAGAGGACUGGGAAAAGGAAAGAGACGAAUGGUGGGACAAACGAAAUCAAGAAAAUGAACAGAAACGACAUGAGGAGCAAACAAGACUUAAAAAACUCCAAGAAGAAUAUGAGGAGGAAAUGGAAGCAGUGAAGAGAAGAAUGGAACAAGAGAAAGCAGAUAUUGAACAUGAGAGAGCCAAACAACUUGAAGAAAUGAAGGAAAACAUCAACAAGGCGCGAGGAGAGAAAGAAAGAACAGGAAAUGAGAGAAGAAGAAGACAGGAAGAAGAGAAGACAGGAAGAACUUCAACAACAGGAGUGGGAGCAAAAACUUGGAGCUCUUAAGUCAGAAUCAGAAGAAAAGUUGGAGCAGAGUAAAGAAGAGAUGAGAAGGAAACGAGAGGACUGGGAAAAGGAAAGAGACGAAUGGUGGGACAAACGAAAUCAAGAAAAUGAACAGAAACGACAUGAGGAGCAAACAAGACUUAA